AUGGAGCUCUACAAACCCUUCUGGAACAUCUACUGCUUAAUCGAGAGGAUGAAGAAAAACAAAGAGCAAUGCCCCCACGUUCUCCAGAGACUCCAGGCUCUGGAGAAACUGGCCAUUUUCAUGGAACAGGAGGACAUCCAUCAAAUCCCUCAAAACGUGAAGGAUGCUUUGGCGAAACUGAACGAAGUGCUGGUAACCGCUGAGAACCUGAUCCAGAGGUUUAACAAAAACCAUGUGCUGAACCAGAUGAUGAAAUCCACCAACUACAGUGAGGAGUUUGACGACCUGAACAAAAGUCUGAGCGAUGCCUUUGUGGCGCUCUCUGCGGCCCUGCAUAUCUACCAGGGGCAGAAGCUGGACGAGCAGGAUAUCAGGCUCACGGAGCAGGAGAACAAGAUGAGCGAGCAGCAGGAGAGACUGAACGAGCUGCAGGAGAGGCUGAAGGAGCGGGAGAGGGAGCUGACCGAGCACAAGGAGGGGCUGGAGCGGCAGGAGGACAUACUGCAGGGAGUCCAGACAAAGCUAGCACACCAGAUGAAAUGGAACUACUGUGUCCUGCAGUGA